AUGCCGCCGCGCCGCCGCGGAUCGUCGGGCUUUCGUGGUGCUCGAGCGCGUCCAAAAGGGACAUUCUACAUGGAGAUUCGCGCCGUCGGCUUCCGCGUCACCCUCGGCACCUUCACCAUGCCGGAGCUGGCGACUCGCGCCUACGAAGCGGCCGCGUGGCGAUUCCGGCGCCCACGGCGCGACCUCAACUUCCAGGACGUCGAGUCGCUAGAGGAGGCGGAGUUUCUGGUGCCCGCGCCGCGCCUCGUCAGCGAGGAGGACAGUCGCCGCCACCGCCAGGUGAAGCCCCGCAUCGCCAUCGCCGAGCAUGACGAGGAGCUGAUGCGCCAGUGGAGGGAGCAGUUCCACAGCAACGUCGACAACACGGAGGCGUUCUUCGCGGACCUCAGGGCGCAGCGUAGAUCUUCUAUUUAA